UUACAAUAUGGGGAACAGUUGACUGGAGUCUUCCCUAUGUUGCUGAAACAAACCACUGCAGGUUUAGCUGUCCCCCUUCUGGUUGUUGCAGUUAAAAAAAGAACGGAAAAAGAGAAGAAGGCAAAACAGAGGUAAGAUCACUAACGUAUUUCUUUAUAAGAGCAACAUUUUAACCAACCACAGUACAUUUCUACAUGUUUAUGAUCCUACAAUACUCAAGCAAUAUUCCACAGGCCAAAGUUUAAAUAUGAAAUCAUUUCAAGCAAGAUUAGUUCAUGAUUUUUGUUUUUCCAGUUUUUAAUACAAAGACUGGGGGAAGUACAUUAAAACUAUUCAAACUAUGAUGAUCAUAUAUUUUAAUCCUCAUGCACAGUCCCAGCAAUCGCUGCUCUCUUCAGCUGAUCUGCAUUCAGAGGAUUUCAAUAACCGAUGUCCUCAGAGCGAAGAAGGGCUGCAAGCAGAUAGCAAUGUGGUUACUAAUUCUGAAGUUUUAACAAGUGCUGUAACUAAAGUGUGGAGGUCAAAGUGAGGUCUGGAAGACCAAGAAAAUUAAGCAGACUUCUUCACUUCCGAUUUUUUUCAACUCCCUUUUUGAGUGUUAAACCCUGUAGAAUGAGUUUUCAGAUGAAAUGGGUGGUGCACUGGACUACGUUCAGCAUUUGUAGCAGCAGCAGAGAGCUAUGCAUGAUAGUGCAUCCACCGGGACAAUAAAAAGCACAAAGUUCCCAAUCCACACCCACCAUCGUAAAGAGGCGACCCGCUGUCAGCUCAUUAGAGAGGAAAGGGUUGGGGGCCAAAGUGUAAUCAGUACUGUGAGACACUCAGCCAUAUGUGUGUGUAUUUCCUCCCGAUACAGGAGAGGGAAGACAACGGGAAGGAGGAAAGUGAGGAGGAUGCUGGGAAAAGGAAAUGAGCCAGAAUGAUGACUGAGGUGGGUGUGAUAUUAUCGUUAUAACACAGGAAACCUACUUUCUUACAAACAACCAACAAGGACAAAGCGUGACACAAGAAAAAAAAUGCUUUUCUCUUUUCUCUUAAAAGGCUUUAUUACUUUUAAGAGAAAAUAGAGAAAUCUAAAAUCUAACUGAGAGAAAGGGCAAAGAACAACGGAAUAGUGCACAAACGUUGCACAAUAUUUUAAUAUACAUAUUAGGGUAUUAAAAUUCUAGUAGAGAUCCUAUUUUUAGGGGUCUUAAUCUCCAUAAAAAUAUCACAUUAUGGUCUUAUAUAGUCAUUAAACAUUUGUAAUUUUUUUCCCCCUUUGAAAAUAUUCCCUUUAAGCAUAUUUAUGUCCUUUGUACAAGCUUUUUGUUAAGACUUCAGGGUGGUUAAUGCUAAAAGAAAAAAAACUUUUAUGAAUUUGCAGCUCAUGUAAUUGGAAUCAAUCAGUCAAACUAGCUGUUCAAAAUCAAGUUGGAUAUUAUAUAAUGUGUUUUUGUCAGGUCUCGCCUGGUAUGCUGUUUAAAUUUGUGUUUGAUAACAUGCCAAAAUAUUAAAACUUACAUGACAUAUUUAAUUCCAUUAGGUUCACCAUGUUGAUAGUUUAAUUAAGUUAAAAUAAAACAGUUUUAGAGAGUCAUCAGUCAAAUGGAUAAUGAUGAAUUCGUCAAGGGAACACCAAACAAGGCCAACCCUUUAGUAAAAAACAAAAUAACAAAAACAAACAAAAUAAAAACAGAAGAAAAAAACUGCUGUAUUGGGGGGUUUGUAUUGUCACGGGUGAAGAGAUUCGUCAUGUCCGCAUGACGUCAGACCAUCCUGGCCGGUGACGUCAGGUCUCAGUCAAAAGGAGGUGGAGAGAAACAGAGAUAUCGAAAGGGAAGCAGAUGCCUUUCACUCCUCACGCAAAUGUGGGAGCGGUAGUAAAAACGGACGCUCGCUCCUCGCCGGACGCACCGGGCUGCCCCCCCCGCUGACCGCCCGCGGCUCGGAUGCGGCCCCGCAGCAUCCUCCCCUCCACCCACAAGUGACGGUGGCCGACUGGGAGGGGUCCUUUUGGAUGGAGCCCGGCUAUGUGCAGGCAGCGAUGGCCAUGGGAGAUGUCUCGAAAAAAGCAUCGGCUCGAAACGUGGCGGUGGAGAGAAAGAACCUCAUCACGGUCUGCAGGUUUUCAGUUAAGACGCUGCUAGAGAAAUACACCGCUGAGCCCAUUGACGAUUCAUCUGAAGAAUUCAUCAAUUUUGCAGCCGUCCUUGAGCACAUCCUCAGUCACCGUUUUAAAGGCUCUGGUAGCUGGUUUGAUGGCCAGAGGAGCUACUGGGACUAUGUCCGCCUUGCCUGUGCUAAAGUUCCCAAUAGCUGCAUCAGUAGCAUCGAGAGUAUGGAAAACAUCAGCACCUCACGAGCAAAGGCAAGUCCUCAUCAACACGAAAGAAUACACCCACUACUAAUACCAGCAAUCGUCCAACUUGGCCGAGCCUGGAUCAGAGUAGCCCUGAUGGAGAAGAGGCUGUCAGAGUACAUUGCGACUGCUCUGAGGGACAGCAGGACAACCAGGAGGUUCUAUGCAGAGGGAGCCAUCUUGUUAAGAGAAGAGGCUACGGUCCUAACGGGGAUGCUUAUAGGUUUAGGAGCCAUAGAUUUCAGUUUCUGUCUGAAGGGAGAGGCUCUGGAUGGAAAGUCCGCAGCAGUGAUUGACUACACUCCAUACUUGAAAUUCACACAAAGCUAUGACUACCUGAGUGAUGAUGAGGACAGGCACAGCGUGGACAGCAGCACGAGCGACGACAGCGUACCCGAACACCCCUACAUCCCCCUGGUCACAGACGAGGAGAGCUGGAGCACCAAGUGCCGCAAGAUGGAGCAGAGGUUCAAAAUCGUCAACGCCCAGAAGGGCUACCUGGAGGAGCUUGUGCGUCUGCGUGAGUCCCAGCUGAAGAACACGGAGACAGAAAACAAGAGGCUAAAGGCCCGGCUGGAGGAGCUGGAGAGCCAGAGCCAACAGGAGAAGAAGGAGCUGGAAGCCGUCAUCUUAGAGCUUCAGGAGCAGCUGACGAGCUUGAUUCCCUGUGACUCACACCACCUGGCUAAAAACCUCACAAUCCCCCUGGUCAACCAGUGGCCAGCCCUUGAGCCAUACAACAGCCAAGAGGACAUAAAGCUGUUCCGCAGACGGAGUUUCCCGAGCACAGAACUUCUUUCUGUGGAGGUCAGCCUGGAUUCGGACUCCCACAGGAUCGGUGGGAAACAGAAUGGCGGAGCGUGGUGCACAGAAAAGGACUACACCCCCUCCAUGAUGGGCUUGUGUGGAUCCUUGGCUUCCCUACCGAGCUGCAAAUCCCUAGCGAGUCUCAAAUCCAGCGAGUGCCUGGUAAACAUCAGUACAGAAAACAGUCCUGCCCUCUCACCUAGCUAGGGGGAGCCAAAGACACACUGCCAACGGACACUGAGACAACUCAACACAAAACAAAAUGACUGCUCUUGAUGGAUGGACACGUGCUCUCUUUUGUGACCCUUUUUGUCAGUCCCAUUAUUUUACCUUAAGGCUCUGGGCCUGGCACUCCUGCGACCUACGUCUUUGUGAAAGAGUAACCUCCCUCUCUGCGAUCGUCCCAAUAAAGGAAUAGUAGCUAUGCUGCCUCACGGCCUCCUACAGUUGCACAGUCUUUCUCCUGGAAUGCCAACAGCUGGUUUGGGGUUGACAUGUCUUACUGUAUGUCACAAUGGUCCAUUUUGUGCAGUAACAGUCACAUACUGCUUACAGAGGUCACUGUAGAGUAACUCUCUAUGUCCGUGUCCAUUUUGUCUGUGUCUUAUCAGUCUGUUAGUGUAUAUCAUUCUGCCUGUUGCAUAUCUGUGGCAGAAUGGAUGAGCUUUUGUAGCUUUUUAGGACACAAAAGCAUGGUUUUAUCAUGGUAAAGCAAACUUUAAUUUGAUGAUGAGGAGAUAUUAGACCAUGUUUGUGGUUACGACAACAGACUAUAAAGAUGAUCAUUUAAAACUUAACUGAAGCAGCUUUGUGAUAAUAGGAUCUGGGCCGUAUUCAAUCAUACUGUAGGUUAAAUACUGAGUUAAGGAUGGUUCAUAGGCGACAUGUGAGACAAAUGAGGUUUGCAGAGUUACUGCAAAAAAUAAAGCUAGACAUGAUAGUUGUUGCAUAUAAAUGCAAAGUAAAUUGUGACUAUGCAGAAUGAAUGCUUUGUUUGUUUAUGUCUUAAAACCUGGCUUGAUAGAAUAGCUUGUGCAGAAGAGGUGCCACAAAUGCGUGUGUGUCUUCAAGUUGUUUCUACACUGUAUUCAUUUGCAUUUUAUCUUCUGUCUUAAUUUCUUUACUUUCAUAAUCUUUACUUGUAUGAUUGUGUAAUUUGCCUUCUAAUGUGAUCUAGUGUUGUUGAGAGCUGGAAAACAUUGAGUCUAAAACUGCAAUAAAACUGCCUUUUUUGAAACAUUAAA